AUGGCGGGUGCUCGAGAACUUACAGCAGCAACGGAAUUCUUGUGUGGAACCAAUAGGCAAACUCUGUUUGUCCAGAGAGAUUUGCUUAUUAAUCGACGAAAUCAAUUGCUGCGGGGGACGCUUCGUAAUCAUAAGCCUGUGUUUGCUGUGUCUAAUAGAAGGGGUGUUUCAUUGAGUUGUCGUUUGCAAUCAAAGCCUAGAGCUUUGGUUUCUGGGGGUGUGACAAGUUCUGUUGAUGAGCAAGCGAGUUUGAUUGAAAAGCCUGUUCAAGAACUAAUUCAUUUUUAUCGCAUUCCAUUGAUUCAAGAGAGUGCAACUCUUGAAUUACUUAAGUCUGUUCAAACGAAAGUUUCAAACAAGAUCGUUGGUUUGCAAACUGAGCAGUGUUUUAAUAUCGGUAUUCAGUCUGGGAUUUCAAGCCAGAAGCUUGGGGUUCUUAGGUGGCUUCUACAAGAAACGUACGAGCCAGAGAAUUUGGGGACUGCAAGCUUUCUUGAGAAGAAGAUGAAGGAAGGAGUGAAUGCUGUGAUAGUUGAGGUUGGGCCUAGGUUGUCUUUCACUACAGCUUGGUCUGCGAAUGCUGUAUCAAUUUGUCAUGCUUGUGGGUUGACAGAGGUGACUAGAUUGGAACGAUCGAGGAGGUACCUGCUGUACAGUAAGGGUGUGUUGCAAGAUUAUCAAAUCAAUGAGUUUGCUGCAAUGGUUCAUGAUCGAAUGACUGAGUGUGUUUAUACUCAGAAGCUUACAUCUUUUGAUACUAGUGUAGUUCCAGAGGAAUAUUAUACUAGGCUGUUCAAGGACAUCAAGCGGAAUCCGACAACCGUGGAAUUGUUUGACAUUGCACAAUCUAAUAGUGAGCACAGCAGGCACUGGUUUUUCACUGGGAAGAUUGUUAUAGAUGGACAGCCCAUGAAUAGAACUCUUAUGCAGAUCGUCAAAAGCACUUUGCAGGCGAAUCCAAAUAAUUCUGUCAUUGGUUUCAAGGACAACUCGAGUGCAAUCAAAGGCUUCCCUGUGAAGCAAUUGCGGCCAGUUCAGCCUGGUUCGACAUGUCCCUUAAAUGCAACUAACCGCGACCUUGAUAUUUUAUUUACAGCUGAGACUCAUAAUUUCCCAUGUGCAGUGGCUCCUUACCCUGGGGCAGAGACAGGUGCAGGGGGUCGAAUCAGGGAUACUCAUGCAACAGGUAGGGGAUCUUUUGUUGUUGCAUCUACAGCUGGUUACUGUGUGGGGAAUCUGAACAUUGAGGGGUCGAAUGCACCAUGGGAAGACCAUUCAUUUGCAUACCCUUCAAACUUAGCGUCACCGUUGCAGAUUCUCAUUGAUGCUAGCAAUGGCGCAUCAGAUUAUGGAAACAAAUUUGGGGAGCCCUUGAUUCAGGGCUACACUAGAACUUUUGGGAUGCGACUUCCCAGUGGGGAUAGGCGGGAAUGGUUGAAGCCAAUUAUGUUCAGUGGAGGCAUUGGGCAAAUUGAUCACACCCACAUAAUGAAAGGGGAACCUGAUAUUGGCAUGCUGGUUGUAAAGAUUGGAGGUCCUGCUUAUCGAAUUGGAAUGGGAGGUGGGGCUGCAUCAAGCAUGGUGAGUGGCCAGAAUGAUGCAGAUCUUGACUUUAAUGCUGUACAGCGUGGAGAUGCUGAGAUGUCACAGAAACUGUAUCGUGUAGUUCGUUCCUGCAUUGAGAUGGGGGAGAACAAUCCGAUCAUCAGUAUCCAUGAUCAGGGAGCUGGUGGAAACUGUAAUGUUGUUAAGGAAAUUAUAUAUCCAAAGGGUGCUCAAAUUGACAUCCGGGCAAUUGUUGUUGGUGAUCACACAAUGUCUGUCUUGGAGAUAUGGGGUGCAGAGUAUCAGGAGCAAGAUGCAAUUUUGGUGAAGGCUGAAAGCCGUGACCUCUUACAAUCAAUCUGCAAAAGGGAAAGGGUGUCGAUGGCUGUUAUUGGAACAAUCAGUGGCGAGGGACGUGUUGUCUUGGUUGAUAGUUCAGCUAUUGAGAAAUGUCGUUCAAAUGGACUCCCUCCUCCUCCUCCUGCUGUGGAUCUCGAGCUUGAGAAAGUUCUUGGGGACAUGCCUCAAAAAAGCUUUGAGUUUCAUCGGGUGGUUCCUGCACGAGAGCCGCUUGAUAUUGCUCCAGGGAUCACAGUGAUGGAUGCUUUAAAGAGGGUAUUAAGACUUCCAUCUGUAUGUUCGAAACGUUUCUUGACAACAAAAGUGGAUAGGUGUGUCACAGGUCUUGUAGCACAACAACAAACUGUUGGUCCUUUGCAAAUUACACUUGCUGAUGUUGCUGUCAUUGCUCAGACUUACACUGACUUGACUGGAGGUGCCUGUUCCAUUGGGGAACAACCUAUCAAAGGUCUGGUUAAUCCAAAGGCAAUGGCGAGAUUGGCUGUUGGAGAAGCUCUCACAAAUCUGGUUUGGGCAAAGGUAACUUCGCUUUCUGAUGUUAAGGCAAGCGGGAAUUGGAUGUAUGCUGCCAAGCUGGAUGGGGAAGGAGCUGACAUGUAUGAUGCUGCCACAGCUCUUUCAGAAGCUAUGAUUGAACUCGGCAUUGCUAUUGAUGGGGGCAAGGACAGUCUCUCCAUGGCAGCCCAUGCAGGUGGUGAGGUUGUUAAGGCCCCCGGAAAUCUUGUUAUCAGUGCAUAUGUCACUUGCCCUGACAUAACCAAAACAGUGACCCCUGAUCUGAAGUUAGGAGAUGAGGGGGUACUGGUUCACAUUGAUUUGGCCAAGGGAAAGAGGCGGUUGGGUGGAUCUGCACUUGCUCAGGCUUUUGACCAAGUUGGUGAUGACUGCCCAGACAUUGAUGAUGUUUCUUACCUGAAAAAAGCUUUUGAGAGUGUACAGGAUCUUCUUACAGACGAUAUAAUCUCUUCUGGUCAUGAUAUUAGCGAUGGUGGGCUACUGGUCUGUGCCCUAGAGAUGGCAUUUGCUGGGAAUUGUGAAGAGCUUGGUCUUGUUUUCGAAGUUAGCAGAAAGAACUUGGACACUGUAAUGCAAAAGCUCAACAUUGCUGGGGUUUCUGGCGAGAUCAUUGGACAAGUGACUGCCUCACCCUUGAUAGAAUUGAAAGUUGAUGGGGUAACUCACUUAAAGGAGGAAACUUCUUUCCUUAGAGACACAUGGGAGGAAACCAGUUUCCAGCUGGAGAAGUUUCAAAGAUUAGCUUCUUGUGUGGACUUAGAAAAGGAAGGUUUGAAGUCUAGGCAUGAACCUACCUGGAGAUUGUCCUUCACUCCUUCUUUUACAGAUGAGAAAUAUUUGAUUGCAGCUUUGAAACCAAAAGUAGCUGUUAUUCGAGAGGAAGGUAGCAAUGGAGAUAGAGAGAUGUCUGCAGCUUUUUAUGCUGCUGGUUUUGAACCCUGGGACAUUACAAUGUCAGACCUCCUGAAUGGAGUUAUUUCUCUACACGAUUUCCGUGGUAUUGUGUUUGUGGGUGGCUUUAGCUAUGCAGACGUACUUGAUUCUGCAAAAGGUUGGUCUGCUUCCAUACGAUUUAACCAGCCUCUUUUGAAUCAAUUUCAAGAGUUUUACAAGCGGCCAGAUACUUUUAGUCUUGGUGUUUGCAAUGGGUGUCAGCUCAUGGCUCUACUGGGUUGGGUCCCAGGCCCCCAAGUUGGGGGCGUGUUUGGUACUGGAGGGGACUCAUCACAACCAAGGUUUGUUCACAAUGAAUCUGGUCGGUUUGAAUGCCGCUUUACAAGUGUGACAAUAGAGGACUCGCCUGCUAUCAUGUUCAAAGGAAUGGAGGGUAGCACAUUGGGUGUAUGGGCUGCUCAUGGUGAGGGAAGAGCGUAUUUCCCUGAUGAUGGUGUACUUGAUCGUUUGAUUCAUUCAAACUUGGCCCCUGUAAGAUAUUGUGAUGAUGAUGGGAAUCCAACAGAAGUUUACCCUUUCAAUGUCAAUGGCUCUCCUUUAGGAAUUGCAGCAAUUUGUUCUCCUGAUGGGAGGCAUCUUGCAAUGAUGCCUCAUCCCGAGCGUUGCUUCUUGAUGUGGCAGUUUCCUUGGUACCCGACACAGUGGAAUGUGGACAAGAAAGUUUAUAUGAUGAAUGGAGAGGAUGAGUGCCAUGAAGAACCAAGGUCAACUUCUUACAACGACCAUUCCAUUGAUUAUGCUGACGCGCAAAUGAAGAGACCUGCUAAAGAGUGGACUUACGAAAUCUCUCAGUGUAAAAUGCACUGGUUUCGUGUUGGUUGCGGCCUGAAUGCUGGAGUGGAAGAUUCUCCAAAACCUGUGCUUUUUAGAAAAUCUAAAUUUGCAGCUUAUGCUCUGUGGGAUGCCGCUUGA